AUUUCUGCUGAAGCUGUAUUGUAUCAUUAUAUUCAUGUAUCUAUACAAGCUUAGGAUAUCUUUUUAAGUGCUUUUUUUUUAAGCCUUGACCUACUUACAGGCCUGUGAAGUGUGUUAACUUGGAGGCAGACGUGUAGAGAGGGGGCCGUGAGACAAUUGACCCACUUUUAUAUUUUCAUGUUUAGACUUUUCAGACCUAAUUUCUGAGUUCCCCUUUACAUUUAAAAUCUAUGGACUACUUUUUUUUUCAGUAGUGGAAUUCAUACGGCUGUAUCCAUUUGAAUUCUAUCAGGACUUUUUUACCAUGCUGAAAGCGUUCCAAUGCGCAAUCUUCUGAUUUCUUUAUACGCUUGCUCGGACAAUGGUCUCUUGUAGAGCCAUGCACAGACAACUCCACAAGAUGAUGAGCUGCAUGUUUCUGCGAAACUAUCUUCCGGUCACAUUUAGGUCAAGGUCUCCCUUGUUUGUUUGUUCCAAAUGGAUGUCCACAUCCACUCUCAUAGGUCCAGACAACGUAGUCCGCAGUCACUUGCCGGACAUCAACCUACCUACCAAUGUCCCAUUUCACCAGUUCCUGUUUGAGAAGUGUGACCAGUACAAGAGUCUAGUGGCUGUGGAGGAGUUCUCCAAUGGACAGAGCUACACGUUUGGCCAACUUAAAGAGAAGGCUAUCAGAGUGGCCAGUGGCCUGCAUCGCUUGGGUUAUCGAAAAGGUGACGUCAUCUCCGUGUUCUCCACAAACCACAUCAAUUAUUCCGUCCUGAUGUUUGCCUGUGCCGCCACUGGCGUGUGGUUCAGUGCUGUCAACCCUUUGUACAAAGAAGAUGAGCUACGUUACCAGUUGGUUCACAGCAAUUCUAAAGCUGUGUUUACGACAGCCAGCUUUGUUUCCACGGUAACGGCGGCAGUGAGACAUAAAGGCAUUCAGAUCAAGGAUCUCUUUGUGUUUGGGGAAGCGGAAGGAUUUCGACCGUUUCAGACUUUACUGGAUGACGAUGGUCGAAUGUUUCCAGACGUGGAUAUUAAUCCAGUGGAGGAUGUUUUUGUUUUACCUUACUCUAGCGGUACAACUGGAUUACCUAAAGGUGUAAUGUUAACACAUUAUAACUGUAUGGCCAACUGUCUACAGAUUGCUGCAAGUCUGCACACCAGCCCAGAAGACCGUGUGAUUGGAUUGCUGCCCUUGUUCCACAUCUAUGGAAUGAUAGUUGUCCAGUUUACAGUUCUGCUCGGUGGAUCCUCAGUUGUCUACCUUCCCAAAUUUGAACCAGAGACAUUUCUCAGUUGUCUUCAGAACAAGAAGAUAACUCUGGCUCACCUUGUACCACCCCUGGUUGUCUUUCUUGCCAAACAUCCACUAGUAAGUCAGUAUAAUUUGACAUCUCUCAGGACAAUUCUUUGUGGAGCUGCUCCAUUGGGGAGUGAGAUUACUUCAGAGUUUCAAAAGAGAUUUGAUAAAACUACAAUAAAUCAAGGUUACGGCAUGACCGAGCUCUCCCCUGUUGCAUCACUGGACACCACAAACACUGCUGGCUCUAUUGGGCAUCUGGUGGUCAACACUCUCGCCAAGAUUGUGAAUCAAGAGAACCAAACUUUGCCACCAGGUGGUGUUGGAGAGAUCUGUGUGAAAGGUCCUCAGGUCAUGAAAGGUUAUUAUAAGAACAAACAAGCCACUGACGAAAUGAUAGAGCCCAGCGGCUGGCUGCAUACAGGAGAUCUUGGCUAUUUUACAAAAGAUGGAAUAUUGUUCACUCAGGACAGAUUAAAGGAACUGAUCAAAUUUAAAGCUUUUCAAGUGCCUCCGGCUGAGCUUGAAGCCUUGCUGUUGGGUCAUCCAGAUGUCCAAGAUGUGGCUGUGUUGGGAGUACCCGACUUAGAAUGUGGAGAGUUACCAAAAGCUUUUGUUGUCAAGAAACCAGGGUCAAAGGUCAACGAACAGGAACUUGUGAAAUACGUUGAAGAUCGAGUCUCGCCCACGAAAAGAUUACGAGGGGGUGUUCAGUUUAUCGAGGAAAUCCCAAAGACUGCUAGUGGAAAGAUACUACGGAGGGUCAUAAGAGAGAAAUAUCUUUAGAAGAGAACAGCGAACAAGUCUUGUACUUCUUGGUGGCGUUUCUGUUGUUGCUGUAGCCGUUGACGAGCGCUUGGUAUUAUUGUUUUCUAAGAUGGCUGAUGUGAGGAUGUUCUUGGAUUUGCAGAAGUCAAAGCGGUUAUUAAAUACUCAUACAACACUGCUGAAGUAGGGUGUCGGGAAUGUCCCUACAAAGUUAUAGCAAAAAUCUAUAUGUUAAUAUAGGUGCUGAAAAAAAAAGAAUGAUACAGUCGUAUUAAGCAUAAAUGGAAAGCAGCAUCAUGGACAAAGUUUUUAGAUAAGAGAAAGUAGUGAAUUAAAUCCGACAAUAAUAUAGGCUUUUGCUGUAUUUGCGUACGGUCGGAUGACUCUGUACUAGAAGACUUUUUUAUUAGAACAUACCUAUGGUCUCGAGGUUUAUUUCGCUUUGCAGUGCAUUACUGCUAGGCUGUGUUGUUUUCAGGGUCACUGGUUCGAACCUCGGUCGACGUAGUCCCUUAUUUUCGUCGCAUUUAAUUCAUUUUAUGUAUGUGAAGUUAAAGCGAGUACGAUUAAUGGUUGAACAGAAAUAUAGAAGUAUGUUUGUUCCUAGUUUAUCAUUAGCUACUCUAUAUCUCAACGUAAGAACUAUUUAACAAUGAAGUGAAGUGGGUCAAUCUUAUUAGAAGUGUGCAAUGCAAACAGUGAUAAGACAGCUUUCGUACUUCUUAUCAAAGACACAUUACAACACAUCUCAGCUGUGUAAUAAACUAAUAAAUUAUUAGAUCCAGAAUCAGCUGGUUUAUUCGCGUAACCUUAGCACUAAAAUGGCAGAACCACACACUAUAAAAUUGUGAUUCUCAAACUGUGUAACGCGCUACACAACGUACAGACGAAUUUUUUUUUUACCAUACCUCUAUUCAGCUUGUAACUUCGUGGAAACUUCAAAAACCUAAAAUCUGAUCCUCAAAAACAACUGUAACGAUUUUCCUUGAAAUGUAGAAGUUGAUGUAUAUCGCUGAGAAAAGAAUGACUAUCUCGUUGGCCACACGACUGUAGUUUGAACGUAAUAAUUGUUCAAAGUAUGAAAAGAAAUCAAUUUAAAUUAGGCUAGAACUUAACAAACUGCACAUCUUUGUCUGUCUACGAAUGCAGGACAAAUUCAUUCAAGAGUUAAAUCAAUAAUUAUUUAGGGACAUUUUGCGCUGCGUCUAGAUCUAAAGGCCAAUCCUUGGAAUAUUAUUUAGCCUAGUCCAUUUAUACAUUCAUUUAACCAGGAUUUUUUUUCUCAGAUGUGUGUGUGGAGGGGGGCGGGCGGGGUAGAAUUGUGUUUUAAUUCAUUAGUUCUUAAGAGAAAAAAAUCGCUCUAUAAGUUGUAUUCAGGAAUUAUUGUCUUUUAAAAAAAAAGUAUUUUUAUUUAUUUUAUUUUUUUUCUAUUUGCAUUGACUUUCUAAAUCCAAAUGUGCGACCUAUGUAUAAUGUUCACAAAUUAAUGUAGUACUUUUCAUACUUUUUUGUGUCUCCUAGAAGCGAGUACAACAAUAUCGAUUCAAAACUUUUUUUUUUAAAAUAUUCCACAAUGCGAUUGUAAGGUCUAGCCGUCUUUCCUACUUCAAAACAGUUUCUGCCCAGUGGUUCCGCUAUUACAGAGGUUCUCAAACGUUUUGAAUUCAGGGAACCCUUUACAAGCCACACGAUAUUAGCGGACCCCCGACACAGCCUAAUGCUGGCUUGCGUAAUCAAACUUUCCGCAACGCGUGUGCUUUUUUUUUUUUUUUUUUGCUCUGCGCUCUUUGCAAUGCACUAAUAUAGGAAGCCUUAAGAGCUUUUUCAUUUACUGUUGUCGCAUCGCUAAUCAUUGUCUGAUGAUUUACAUUCAGUUUUGUGUUACGUUUGAUGAACUCAAAGGGUUUGCCUUUUAUUUCAAUCUGAUGACGCUUUAGUUGAGCCGAAUUUAAAUUUUCGUUGAUAACACAUUCAAACAAAUGACACAUUGUGGCUGAUCAUUUAAAUUAAAUUAUAGCUUUCAUGUUUAUAGCAUGUUCACAGCGCUAUGGUCUCAUUUGUGGACCAGUGGGGAAAGUUUUUACUGCUGCCUUUAUGCGCUCAGUAAACAGAACUCUGUUCGAGUCGGGUGUCGAACCUCGAUCCCCAUUCUUAAUAGUCAAGCCAAGUUCCAGCCUCUCGACCACGCUUCCCACCUUUGCUCAGUUGCGAUCCAACUUGUAAAUAUUCAGGAGCAUGUUCACCUAAUUUUUAAUGCAUCAUGUCUCAGUUCAUUUCCACUAUUCCCCUUACACUCCUGCUCCUCCAUCGAUGUCAGAUUACGCUUCAAAUAUUAUGUUUGUGUGUCGUGGAAUCUCAGGGUCGUCGGUAGGAAACUUUAAAACGAAGCCUGACCUUCUUUUGUGAGUAGCAUGAUUAAGCAGAAAUUGAAAGGCCAAUGUUGAUUGGUUUCUAAAAUAAGUAAAUUCGUGCGCAAAAUAAAUUGCCAAAUAUAUCACUCGACUAUUAGCAAUCAUUGUUGUUUUUUCCAAGCUGCGUCAACAAUGACGUAAUAAACAUAUUCAACAGUAGUGAGUGGCGAGUUUAUUUGUCUUCAAAUUAUCCGAUCUAAUUGUUUUGUAAUUACAUGUAUUACGGUUAUGUUUUUGAUUUUCCUUUUUUUUUCUUACAAUGGACCAAUAUGUUUUCAUAACCUCAUUUUUACUUUGCUUCAUUUAUAUGCAUACUGCAUAAUUUUGUAUAUAAAUAAUGCUAUUAAAUGCUGCCAAUUGUUAAGUUUAUGCAGCAAAAAUGCUGAUGUCUAUUUAAUGAUACUACAACCUAAUUAGCCCCUCUUUUGUUGCUGGCAACUAUUAAGGAAGUAAAAGCCAAUGAAUUAAGUAGAACUGUCAAA